UAGAAGAGCCUCAAUAUAAGAGCAAUGAUGAUCUUAAAGCCAUUUGAAGACCUCUGAUAAACCAAAAUUGUUAAUCACAUCCAGCAAGGAAUGCAAACAUAAUGGACCGAUUCAGCCCUCGCUACACGAUUGAUCGGCCUGCUUUUUCACAGACUGACUUUGAUAAGGAGUUUAACAGGAAGAAACUGACCUUUCCACUGGGCGAAAAACUCCACAAUGUCUUACGAUGCUCAGGUGGACGUUUGAAAAGUCUCCUCCUCAGACACCUGCCAAUUCUCAGUUGGCUUCCAAAGUACAACAUCCGACAGAACCUCAUCUGUGAUGUCAUCAGUGGGGUCAGCGCAGGCACCAUACAGGUUCCUCAAGGCAUGGCCUUUGCCCUGCUGGCUAACUUGCCUCCAGUCAAUGGGCUUUAUUCGUCCUUCUUUCCUCUUAUACCUUAUUUCUUUCUGGGUACGGCUCACCAAAUAGUCCCCGGUACAUUUGCUGUGCUGAGCAUCAUGGUGGGAAUGGUUUGUCUGCAUUUAGCUCCUGAAUCAGACUUUAGUCACUUCAACACGACCCUUAAUGCCACUGUGGUGGAUGUGGAGAGGAUGAAUGAGGUUCGGUUGGGCAUUUCAGGCACGCUGGCAUGUCUAACCGCCAUAAUUCAGAUUGGUCUGGGAAUGAUGCAGUUCGGCUUUGUUGCCAUCUACCUCUCUGAAUCGUUUGUAAGAGGGUUUAUGACAGCUGCUGGACUGCAAAUCCUCAUAUCUGUUCUUAAAUACAUAUUUGAGAUCAAAGUGCCAUCAUAUAGCGGACCUUUAGCAGUCAUUUAUACACUUGCAGAUGUUGCCCUUGGGUUACCCAAUACAAAUGUGGCCUCCUUGUUAUUUGCACUGUUCAGCUUUGUGGUGUUGAUCAUUGUGAAAGAACUGAGUGGCUGUUACCACCAUAAAAUCACCUUCCCAAUUCCAAUAGAGGUCAUCGUUGUGGUUGUGGCAACUGCCAUUUCUGGACGUCUGAACCUGCCUGAGAAAUAUCAUAUGGACAUAGUGGGCAAUAUUCCUUUAGGGUUCCCCACUCCUAUUCUGCCAGCAGUGUCACAAUGGGAAGACAUGCUGGGCACAGCGUUCUCAUUGGCUAUUGUUGGCUAUGUCAUCAAUCUUGCAAUGGGGAGGACAUUGGCUGCCAAGCAUGGCUAUGAUAUUGAUCCUAAUCAGGAGAUGCUGGCAUUAGGCUGCAGUAACUUCCUGGGUUCCUUCUUCAAAAUCCAUGUGAUCUGUUGUGCUCUCUCUGUCACUCUGGCAAUAGACAGUGCAGGGGGUUCAUCACAGUUUGCAAGUAUGUGUGUGAUGCUGGUUGUCAUGGUCACUAUGCUGGUCCUUGGAGCAUAUCUGAGACCUCUGCCAAAGUCAGUUCUGGGGGCUCUUAUAGCAGUCAAUCUGAAGAACACGCUGCUGCAGCUCACAGACCCCUAUUAUCUCUGGAAGAAGAGCAGACUAGACUGUUGCGUGUGGGUUGUGUCUUUCCUUGCAACCUUCUUCCUGAGUUUGCCAUAUGGUGUGGCCGUUGGAGUGAGCUUCUCAAUCCUGGUUGUGAUAUUCCGAACUCAAUUUCGUAACGGCUCAGAGGUGGCUCAGGUCAUGGAGACGGAUAUCUACAAGAACCCUAAAAUCUAUGAAAAGGCGAAGAGACUUAAAGGAAUUAAAAUAGUGAGAUAUUGCUCACCACUUUACUUCGCCAAUGGGGAGAUAUUCCGGCAAAAAGUCAUCAAAAAAACGGGACUUGAUCCAGGUAAGGUUUUGCUGGCCUGGAAAAAAAUGCUGAAAAAGCAACAGGAGGAGGACAAACAAGAUGACAAUGAAAUAGGCAAACUGGCCACCAUAAGGAGGAGAAUGAGCUCUCUAGUUUGGAUGAAGGCACAGACUAUAUCGCAGAUAAACCUACAGAGUGACACUGACAUCAAUACUAUCUGCACUAAUAUUCAAGCAUCUUAUGAGAAACCUUACUAUGGUAUCAGUAGCUUGAGUAGUCCAAAAAUGGAUCCAGAAUGCCCCUCCCCUUCUUCUGUAACCAUGGAGAUGGAGCCCAUGCCCUUCCACACCCUCAUUCUGGACCUGGGAGGCAUGUGUUUCAUUGACCUGAUGGGUAUAAAAGUUCUCACCAAGAUGAGCAGCAGUUACAGAAAGCUGGGCAUCAAUCUAUAUUUGGCUAAUAUUCAAGCUCAGGUUUAUGAAGAUAUGGAGACUGGAGGAGUGUUUGAGGAAGGUGGCCUUUCUUAUGCUGAUCUGUUUGUCUCUGUUCACGACGCUGUUCUAUUUGCCUUGAACCGUUUUGUGAAAUCUGAUUCCACAGAACAGGCAAGCCACUCUCAUGAUGUCACUGAUGCACAUUACCAAUGAUUUCUCGAAUUCUCUUAUCGCUAAUGUUACCUACUUCUUAUCAGAUCAAGAUUAAACUACUUAAACAAAACUGCUCUCAAUAAAUGCCUUGACUUUUGUAAAUUUGUAUCCAAAAAAAUCCAAACUAAUGACAGAAUGUCAUUACGUCACGUGUGUGUGUGCUUGCAUGAUUCAUUAUAGGGAAAUCAAGAGCUGAUAGAGCUGAACUGUGACAUAGAGGAGGAGAGUAACGAUUUUUUUUUUAUAUAUAAGGAAAUGAGCAAAAUCAAGUUGAUUUUCUACUUUUGAACUUUUAAAUUGUGUUUGUUUAAAUGAAUUCCACCUACGUAUUUUACCCUUACAGGAAAUGAUCUGAUCGUUAAUCCAUUCGGUUUAUAAUUAAUGGAUUCCGGAGAACAUGGUAUUUUGUCACACUACUAGACUGAAAUCCACAGAACAAAAGAGUAAAUGAGAAUCAUCAACAAGAUUCCAUACUGCAUUGUAGGAAUUAUAAUUCUGUAUAGUGCUGUAUAGAAAAUAAAAGAUAUUGUAGCAUACUGUGUGAACAGUUGCUGCUGUCAAGCCUAUAAUUACAUGAUGUGCUGUUUUGGAAUUGACGGUGUACUUUCACUUCUCACCUGCAGCAGGCAGCAGUUUAAGUUUCUUUUACACCGGAAUCAGAAUAAAGCUUCUUGACAUGAAAGGUCA